AUGGACAUAAAAUUUGAUCUUCCGGACCCCUCCAAACGGUCCCUGUUGGCGGCUGUGGGGGUGGAGGCACGCAGCCCGUACACCCCCCUCCGCAUACAUGCCUGCGGGCAAAAUGUGACCCUCCUCAUGCUCGUCGCUCGAGUUCACUGCCUGAGCAAGAUCGAGUCCUACUUCCUGGAGUCCCCACAGGAGCUGCAGUCACCGCUGAACCUGCGAAAUGAGGCUGCGGCGGUGUCCCUGCUCCUCUCCUACCUCCCAGGGCCUGGGCAGGAGGAGGGUUGUGAGGAGGUCCGCCAGGCCCUCAGACAGCACUGCGAGGGUCUCUGGCCCUCCUUUGUCCAUGGGGAUGCCUCGAUGCAGGCGGACAGCGUUAGAUACCCGGCCGAUGACAGCCCGGCAGCAGAUUUUCAGAGGUGGGCUGCUGAUGUGGGCAUCCAGUCCAACAUCCGCAUCGCCAAGUUUGGGGCGCUUCGGGGGUGUGCGGCCGGCAGGGACAUUGAGCCCGGCGAGAAUCUGCUCAGCAUCCCCGCAGCGGCCCUGAUCUACGAGGACACCGUGCGCAAGACCGACGUGGGCCGCAUGCUGAGCGCCAUCCCCGACCUCGCCGUGGACAACCUGCUGAUCCUGUUCACCAUGAUCGACCGCCACGACCCCGACAGCGCCUGGGCGCGCUACUGGGCCUCCCUCCCCGCCGCCUUCCACACCGGCCUCAGCUUCCCGCCCACUCUCGUGCACCGACUGGCGGGGACGGCUGGCGCGCUGGAGCUGACGCGCGCGCAGGGCCACCUGAAGCGCCAGUACGACGCCACCCGCCCCCUGCUGGCCAUGCUCCUGGCGGCCUACCCCGCCCUCCUCUCCCCCGCCUGGUUCGAGUUCGGGCAGUACACCUGGGCCGCGGAGCUGUGGUACAGCUACGCCUUUGAGAUAGAGUACGGGCGGCUGAGCGAGGCGGGCAUGCUCAACUUCCCCGCCUUCAGGCCCUGCAAGGAGGGGGAGCAGGUCUUCAUCUCCUACGGCCCGGUGCCCAACCUGAAGCUGCUGUGCUACUAUGGCUUUGUCAUCGCCGACAACCCGCAUGAUGUCGUCCCCCUGACCCUAGAGCUCCCGGCCGAGGAGGACGCGGCCCUGCACGCCCGCCGCACCGCCGUAUGGGAGCGGCUGGGCCUCGCCACGGAGCACAACCUGAGUGCCGCCCGCCUGUCGCCGCAGCUGCUGGCCGCCCUGCGGGUGGCCGUGGCCACGGCCGAGGAGUUGGCCGGGAUGGAGACCGGGGACGAUCCGGGGCGCGCCCCGCUGAACCCGGAGAACGAGGCGCAGGCGCUGCGCACUCUGGACGUCGCCCUGGCCCAGCUGCUGGACCCGCUGGAGGCCUGCCCGCUCCUGGCGGGGUCGCCACGAGCUGCAAACUCCCUGGAGUCCAGGCAGGGAGUGGCCAUGGCGGGCGCAGGGGGGCAGGACGCGUCAGGUGUGGAUAUGGAAGAUGCAACGGGCGCCCAGGACUCGGCGCCCGGUCUUGGCAAUGAAGUCCAUGCAGCAGGGUCUGUUGGACCGGGGCCAACCACAGCCAUCACGCCGGAGCUGGACGAGAAUGGCAUGGACGACGGCUGGGUGGCCAGCUCGGCUGCGUGCCGGCAGUACGUGCUGGGCCAGCAGGCCAUCCUGCGUUGCGCGCAGCGGGAGUGCCUCGCCCGGCUGCGGGCGGCCGUCGCCGGGGUCUAA